GUGUGCUUCAGAUAUUAGUCGAGUAAACAUCAAAACAGAAUCAUCCAAAAUCAUUCUAAAUUUCUAUAAAUUUUUUCUUCAAAACUCAUUUAUUUUUAUAGUUAAAAAUUUCGUGUUUCCUUUACAUAUUUUUGCAUUUAUUUUCACUAAAAUUCGAAAACUUUGGCAUGUCUAGGGCAGUGCGCGAAAACAAUACCUCGAUGGUGGAGAAAGCUUCUUCUACGGACAUCAGUCCGUCCUUGAUGGUUAUUCCGUCAUAUUCUGAGUUGCAGCAGGAGCGAUCCAUGCAACGUGUCAUUGCUCGUUCCAAAAAUGUGUCGACUCAGGAGGACCGCUUCUGGACAUUGCGUACAAAGUCGAUCUACACGCAGACAUCGAUCAGUUGCAUUGACAGAGUAAAGGAAGCAAGGUAUCGCAAACAGAUUGCCCACCAGGAUCAGAUUAUCUCCACACUGAAUGAUAAGCUGUUAAAAGUCGAGAAACUGAACACCAAACUUCAUCUUCAGCUGAUUGAGAGCAGCUUUGCCCACUCGGACAAAGAUCAAGACAUAGUCAAUCUGAAGUCUGAGCUGGCGAAAGCAAAUAGCGAAUUAAAAAAAAAGGACAUCUUUUUGGUGGAUUACAACCGGGCCAAGAAAAGCGAGUCAAAGAUGGUCGCCCAACUGGCCAAACAACAUUUGAUUAUCGUCAGAUUAACCCAAGACCUGAAUUCAUGCAGAAACUAUAUAUCUCUUAUGUGUAAAAAAAUUCCAAAAGAACUAUUCCGUGUUGCAGGCUGCCGAAAGUAGGCACCGACCAUUUAUGGAUAUAUCUACGUUCGUGCUUAAAGUUGGUGCUGUUCUGGAUUAACGACGACGACAAACUUGGAAAUCUCCAGGAUAUACAGAAACAAACCAAAAUUUAUUGUAGGGCACCCAUUGCGUUUCAAUUAAUAUAAUAAUUUACAAUCGUGUCCAUAGAUCCAUAUACAGAUACAUAUAGACAUAUAUCAUCUAUACACAUAUAGUUACACAUAUAUAUAUUUCCAACAAAAUUCUAUAAUUUCGUGUACUAUACAAACGCACAAAGGAAUUUUUCGCUAUAAUGGUGCUAACACAGAGGCAAUAAAUAUUGUUCUUGAGUA